GAACUCAAGACCUGGUUGCUGUGCAAAGGUCCUUUAAAAAUUGCAAAACUGUGAGUUUCAGUAUUAAAUAUUGACAGAGCUGCAAUAAAGCGGAAUGUGACAAUGGCUUCUUCAAGAAAUCUAAACCGAUUUUGGGAGUGGGGACGCAAAAUUAUCUGUGUUGGAAGAAAUUAUCCUGACCAUGCCAAAGAACUGAAAAAUGCAGUCCCAACAGAGCCGGUGUUGUUUUUGAAGCCACCCUCUGCUUAUGUGACGGAAGGGUCUUCCAUUGUGGUGCCUUUCUACUCUCACAAUUUACACCAUGAAGUUGAGCUGGGGGUCGUUAUUGGGAAAGGUGGGACAGCAAUCCCCCAGAACGCUGCGAUGGACCAUGUCGCUGGUUAUGCGUUGUGCCUCGACAUGACCGCCAGGGAUGUCCAAGACGAAUGCAAAACCAAAGGUUUGCCGUGGACACUCGCAAAAGCAUUCAACACUUCAUGUCCCGUGAGUGAAUUUAUCCCAAAGGAAAAAAUCGCCGAUCCUGGCAAUGUAAAGAUUUGGCUCAAAGUGAAUGGUCAGCUACGACAGGAAGGCAACACCUCCCAAAUGAUCUUCUCAAUCCCUUUUCUCAUCAGCUACAUCAGCGAGAUCAUUUCUUUGGAAGAGGGGGACUUGAUUUUGACAGGGACUCCGAAAGGAGUAUCAAGCGUUCAGGAACACGACGAACUGCAGGCAGGGAUCGAGGGCGUUGUGAGCAUGAAGUUCAGAGUGGAUAGGCCACAGUGACCCCCAUGAUGUCGCUGUUAUUAUUGUUAUUAUGUUUGCAUAAGUUCCAUGUUUAAAAAGCAAUAUAAAUGUUUCAAGUGUAAACACUAACAAAUUAGAGAAAUAAAACUGAAUCCUUUUGCAGUGGUUAUAAAUUGUUUAAAUGUUGCACCAUUUCUUAAUCA